CGCAAGAUCGUCGUUCGGUGGUUUCAGAGAAUGUUCGAAUCAAGCGAUCUCUGUUGUGAAAUAUAGUCUGCGGGUGUUUUUCCACGUAUUAACUGAAAGGAAAAUGGAUUUCGGUACAUUGUUGAAUGUAGCGCAAAAGAAUGGAGGUGGAAAACAGCCAGUCGCCUGUUAUCAGACAAAGUUCACGCCACCCAAAAAACAGUCAAAGUCGUCGAGCAAUUUAUCGACUAAUAUUAAAAAGUUUCUCGCCAAGAAAGAGGAGGAGGAACGACAGAAGGUUCUGGAUGCCAAAAAAAGAAAAGAGAAUCUGUUAGCGUUACGAGAUCACAAGGCUCAGAGUAGGAUCAAUAAGCAUUUAAAAGUCUGUAAGGCUGCUAAUAAAUCUGUACUCGCGGACGCCAUUGAUAAUGAUAAUACGGCUGUUACUAUGGCAGGCCCUUCCCAGCCAGAUGAGGAUGAUUAUGGUUACGUAUCUCAGGAGGCUUCAGCUUUUUACAAUCAGCUAAUGAACAAGUAUAAAAAUCUGCCACAAGAAAAACCAUUGUUUUCCGAAAGUGGAAAGAAAACUGUUAAGGAUAUCGCAUCUACCAAGGACAGAGUAAGACAAGCGUUGAAACAACAAGAAAUAGAGGAUUCUUCAGGUCACAGACGAAAACGAAAAUCUCAAGGUACGAGUGGUGAGAAAGAGUCAUUGAGUCCUGAACUCGAGUCUAAACAGGAAAAAGAAAGAACAACAGUGCCUGAAAAAGAAAGAGAAGAGAAACCGAAGCCUAAGAAAAGGCCGCUUCCUCCCCCGAUGGAUUUUAUGCAACUCCUACAGAUAGCUGAAAAAAAACAGCAUGAGCCCAUUGUGUUGGAGACGAAGCCAAAACUGCCAAAAAUCGAAGAACCCGAAAGAUUAAUGACUAAAAAACAGAUGAGAGAACAUCUCAAGGAAAAGGAAUGGCGCGAGCGGAAAGAGCAGCGAGAUCGUAUGAAUGAAAAUCCGAAAAAUUCUCACUCUCCAGUAAAUUCUGGCAAGACUGCCAAGCCUGUGGUUAAUAGAAUUCCUAAAUUAAACGGUGCAAAAAGUGUACCGAGUUCUAGCGUUGUGGAUAAAAAUAGCUUGACGCAUAAACCACCCUUAACUACUAUUCCCAAGAAACCGUCUGCAGUCAAUGAUAGAGUCGGUAAUCAUAGCAGUAGUAAUAAGCCUUCAGAGAGAGAAAGUAAGCCUUCAGAAAAAGACAAGCUGAUUGAAGAACGCAAGAAAAUUGAAGCUGAAAAGAAAAUGCUUGAAGAAAUGCGGCGCAGUAUAGAAGAAGAGAAGAAAAAACUGGCACUUAGUAAAGUUAAAAGAGUGGAGGAGAAAUCUGUAAAUGGAUCGUCGAGUAAAUCGAAAGUUCCUGAACAAAAGUUAUCUGGAAAAGAUUCUAAACUCAGACAGGCUCUGAAACCCGAUGCAAAACCACGACAAUUCCCUCCUGCUGAUAUCAAGCCUAGACAGUUUCCACCACCUGAUGUCAGACCUGCGAGGCCCAAGCAAUUUCCUCCGAAGGAUGUGAAACGGAAACCCAUGAUCAAGAAACGUCGCAUUUACGAUGACGAUUCUGAGCACGAUUCAGAGUUGGACGAUUUUAUUGACGAUGGACCAGAGAAUGGGGCGGAAGAUUACAGUAAAUAUAUCAGUGAGAUAUUUGGAUAUGACAAAAGUAAAUACAGGGACUUGGACGAAGACGAUGCUGGCAUGGAAAGUAAUUUUGCUCAGCAACUGAAGGAAGAAUAUGUUUCUACGAAAAUUGGCAUUAUGGAAGACUUGGAAGAUAUACGAAUGGAGGCGCUUGAGAAGAAAAAGAAGGCAUUAGUUAAAAAUAAAAAACCAAAAUAAUGGAAAUGAAGGAGCUGCGUUCACGAUCGUUGAUAUUUAUUGAUAUGUAUGAUGAAAUAUUUUCGUAAUAGUAAAUUAUUCCAUUAUUUUAUGAUUCGGAAGUGUGAGGAUGUGGAGGUUUGAAAGCAGUCAAAAAACCUUUAUAUACAUAUUAUAAUAUAAUUGAUAGUAUGUAGCAGAUAUAUAUAUAUAUAUUUAUGAACAUCCAGAAUGUGGAUUGAUUUGCGUGUGUUGUAUAUAAAAGAAACGUUGAUGAAUGUGAAAUUUAUACGUUAUGUAUUACAUCACAGUUAUACUGUAUAAACGAGACGAUAGUAUUCAAUGAUCCACUAAAUCGAUUCUCACGCGGACAAGAUUUUCUCUUUGCAUUCCUCACAGCCAACGAAAAAAGUUUAAAUUUGAAAAAAUUAAACAAACUAAUGAUAAAAACAAAAUUCAUCCAGCUGCAAGACAAUAAUGAUAAAAAUACUAAUGAGACUUGCUUACACGAUUGUUGCAAAGUCGAGAAAUUGGAAAAACUGAAUCAACAAGACAUUAGGUAUAACAAAUAAUUAUUGUGCUAAAAUGAAAUCAAUCAAAUACUUUAAACAAAAAUCGUCAGAGUGCCAAGACUCACAUACUAAAUAAGGGAUUUAAUCGAUUUUGUACAAGCUUGUUAGUCGAAGAAAUAAUCUGUUACUUGAAUAA